AUGGAGGGCUUGUACGGAAGAGACAGUUCCCAAGAUGCUAUUGCUCAAGCUCGACUUCAGAGAGAUUUCCUUCAUACAAUCACCUCUAUCAUAAAGAAACCGAGAUUGCUAAAGAAGACUAUCAAAAGGCUUGACAUAUAUAUGAGGAACCCCUUCCUUGAGGUCAACUUUCAAAUCGAUGGCAUCUCGCCCUUGGUGAAAGCGAUACCAGAGCUGGUAGUGCUCAACGUACUUUUGCAGCACGAAAGAAUCGAUGUGAAUUUUCGCGCCGCUGACGGCCGGACGUGCAUGUUUUCCGCCGUGAAAUGUCCACAGCACAAUUCAUUAAGGGCGUUGAUAAGCCACGGCGCUCAUGUUGACCAAGAAGAUAAUUAUGGUCGUACUCCGUUAUCUUUCGCGGCAGAGCUUGGGCAACUCGAUCAUGUGAAAAUUCUGGUCGACUCCGAUGCGGCGAUCAACUCGACUGAUUUACAAGGCUGGACACCCCUUUUCUGGGCGGUGUCCAACCGCCAUGACGAGACAAUAAGAUAUCUGCUUUCCAUUGAGAGUAUCUACAAUGAACAGCGAGAUUUGACCGGUCGGACUCCAUUGAUUGUUGCUGCAGAAGCUGGGGAUGUCAGAAUCAUAAGAUAUUUGAUCGAGGCGAAAGCCAAGGGCACGAAGAUCUUUCAUGUUGAACGCGACCUUCUGAUCUGGUCAAUUUUUCAAGGAGACAUAGUAACAGCCCAGCUGUUACUGGAAAUUGAUGAGAGCUUGGCCAAUCAUCGGGUCAAAGGGCGAACGCCACUAUCCAUGGCCGCAGAAGGUGGUCAUAUUGAGAUAACCAGACUUCUCAUCGAUACAGGGGCAAAUUUGGAUGCACUUGAUGAGAUACAGUGGCCUCCGCUGUGUGAGUGGCUAUUCGAAGCUUAUCUCCCGCAUGACGAUAUUCUGUUGGAAAUUGAGAAUUUCUCUGUUGAAAACCCGUCAACAAAGAAGCCUCUGAUGUUGCUAGCUGCAGAAUUUCUGUGCGUUGAAAUAUUGCAGAUACUUCUCAACGGAGGAGCAGAUGUAAAUUCGGUUGACGAAUUUAAUCGAACGGCACUGGCAUGCUCCGUUGAAUUGAGAAACAACAGAGCCGUUGAAAUCUUAUUGGAAACUCCAGGGAUCUGCGUUGACUCUCGCGAUGCAGAGAACCGAACUCCUCUCAUGAUUGCAGCCAUUCUUGGGGAAGACACUAUCAUCAAGCAAUUACUUAAGUCAAAUGCAGAGGUCAAUGCGGAGAAUGAGCAUAAGUUGACACCACUUUUCUUGGCUGUUGCGAAUUCUCAAGCACAAGCAGUAAAGAUCUUACUUGAUCACCCCGACAUCCGGGUCAACCAACAAGACGAGUAUGGCCGUACCCCAUUUUCGUACGCUGCCGAGCGUCAAUUAAUUCAGAUAAUGAUCGACCUUAUCGGAAAGGGAGCAGAUCCUCACGUUUGUGACGGCAACGGCCAUACGGGCUUUUGGUGGUUCCUCCAAGCCAGGCAAGCUUUUGCUAUGAGGUCACCUUGUACUUUGGGACAGCUAAGACUGAAUACAGCGACAAAUCCAUUUACUAUAAGUUUUUUGACCAUGGCUUUGCCUAAUCCAAAUAAUAAAGACGCGAGGGGCCGAACUUGGCUCUCAUGGGCAUCUCAGUAUGGUGAUGUUGAAAUCGUGUCAUGUUUCUUAGAAGACAAUGGAAAGAUGGAUAAAGUCGACAUUAACAUCUGUGAUGGAACAGAAGUCGAAUUCUCCAAAACUCCGUUGAUAUGGGCACUAGAAGCUGAGAAUGACGCCGUGAUUAAUCUCUUAAAGGAAGCCGACAACAAUUCUAUGCAUCUACUGGUGGAGGGACUGAGUUCAAUCGACCAAGAUGCAAUACUAACUUUAGUGAAAAAGCUUAUCCAAGCUGGCUAUAACCUUGAUCAAGUUGAUCCGCGAGGGAGAACUCCUCUACAUCUUGCAUGCCUCGGUGGCAAGGAGGAUGUUGUAUCGGCUUUAAUUGGCGCGAAUGCAGAUGCGAACUCUAAAGACCACACUGGAAAGGUUCCUUUGCAGUAUGCUUUGGAAACUCGAAGCAAAGCUCUUGUGAAUCUAUUGAUCAAUGCUCCAUCAAUUGAUCUCAGCCGUAUUGGAUCUGAGGAAUGGUUUUUCCUAGGCGAUAAAAGUCUUUCUUGGAUUCAAGUCACCAAGUUGGCCCAACAAAACAACGGUUUCACUGUGGAGUAUAUCAAUGAACUCGGGUGCACUUGGCUGCCUCGCGCAAAACAAACGAGAUUGUGUAUCUGCGGGAAACCCCAACUUUGGUCGCUGUUGCCAAGAAGCUUAGGUAUCGAUGAAAUACUGAACACUUAUCAGUUUUAUUGGAAGGAAACCCAGAAGGAUUUUGGCCAUCACUUUGUGACUUAUAUCUCCCUGUCUUUCCCCUGUGGUCAAGAUGAAGAUGAGUAUCCAUGGGGCAUUGCGUGGACCAGCAAGAACACAACAGAAGGUCUUGCCUGUGGAUUUAUCAGUAUGCUUCCUCGUGGUGGUGUGCCUAAUAAUCCCUCGGAAUUUUUCAGAUCAUUUCUGGAACAUCUCUACCAUCGUUGGAACAAGAAAUGCAAUUUUACAAAUGAGAGGGUAGAAGAGCUGAGACACGAACAGGUCAGAAAACGUGGCAGAAGUCAUGGCUUGGUGGACGAACUUGCCAAAAAUGCGGUAGAGCGUGCAAACUUCCGUCGGUGCUUGCAAUCUCACGUUGAAGGGCUUCAUGAAGUGGUCAAAAAAAACUCAACGCUUGAAAGAGGACACAAGCCUGAGCUUAGGGCAACCAUUGAUGACCUCAAUCAGGCUAUGACUGCGAAACUUGACCACAUGGAGCGGGCCGUACGGGAACUCCUCCAAAUUGAGCUGGCAUGGGUUUCUACAAAUGAAGCGGCAAGCUUUAAGCGCCUUAGCUGGAUCACCUUUAUCUUCUUGCCUUUAAUGUUCGCCUCGAUAAUCCUGAUUGGAGGUGGUAUCUUCUGUUUGGUUUUCUAUCUCUUCUUCUUACUGGUCUACUUUGGUCGAUAUCUAAGUGUGCCCCUCAAAGAACAAUAA